AUCAACAAAUGUGUUCCACCCGCGCUACCCAGCAGAAUGCCAAUCCUGGUGCAUGAUGACGGCCCUUCUUGUUCCAGGGAGAGGAAGAGCAAGAAGGAGAAGCCACACAGGGAGGCGAUGUCGGGAAAGACAAGAGCUGAAGAGAAGGUGUCUGAUAGCAGCCCGGCUUACAUGUAUCACAUUGUCAAUCCUGACACACUCACACAGAGUGAAGACGAGGGCAGAGAUGAGGACAAGCCAACGGCAAAACCUUUUGCCAAUCUCAACCUCAAUGAAGCAUCAAUGAGAGGUCCGGAUGGAGACCAACCUUAUGAAGUCCCACAAGCUAAAAGGCCAGAGGGACUCUCACCAAAGACCCCUGCCUCAAGUAAUGAUGAGGAGAGCUCUUCCAGUUCCAGUGAGGAGAAUAGACACAAAAGUUCCACUACCAACCAUUCCCAUUCCAGUAGGAGUAGGAAACAGGCAAACUCCAACAAUUCAACCCGAAACAGCCAGAGCAGUCAGAAAUCCCAAACAGGAGACUCAAGGGAAGAGCAGCCUUACGAAGUGCCACGCCUACUUUCUCCUGAGUCACCUUUGACCUCUGCUGAGAAAAAGGUGCAUGACGUCACUAAUGCGCAACAGACACAAUCAGAUGCAUCUAGCGCAGUGGGUGACUACUUCCCACUCCAAUUCACUCCUUAAAAAGCCGAAAAAGAUAGUUGGUCCAGAAGCUCCUUGGACCUGAUUGGAAACGGACUCGGUACAACCUUUCAAGAAAAAAUGUUGCUAUUCUUGAGUUUCAUUCAAUUUUUUAGUUCAAUCGAAUUUUUUUCAUUUUUUCCAUUUUCCAUGUUUUUCAGUUAUUGUAUUAUGUGAAAGUUUAGCUGUUAUGUCAUUGUUAUACCCCUAAAACUAAGAUUUCUAAAAGG